GAGGUUGAUAGUACUCUUUUUUGUGUACUGGAUGGGAAAAUAUAUCAAACAUUCAUACUCAAAACAGCUUCUUCCAUGCUUUGUGAUGUCUUCUCAGGUCUACAAAGUUUGACUUGAACACAAGGUUCAUUGAUCCACGAACGCAAAAAGUGACCGACCUCGGCACACCUCAAAGUUUGGCACCUGCACACCCCGCCAAACACCACAUCCCCAAUCAAACUAAAACAUGACAGCCACCCCAUUCCCCAGACACAUCCCUUCAAUCCCCUACAGCGAUCCCCCAAGUCGCCUCCAAACCCUCGACAUCUGGCUCCCCGAACUCCAGGAAGCCACACCCAGACCCAGCAAUAAUGCGCCAUGGCUAAUCUACAUCCACGGCGGCGCCUGGCGCGACCCCCUCAUCGAAGCCCCUAGCUUCACACCCACCAUCAACCAUCUCGCCGCCUCGCACCCCUCUGCUCUGGCCAAAAUCGGCGGAAUCGCAAGUCUGAAUUACAGACUCUCGCCAUACCCCGACCACGCGACGCAACCAAGUGCACCCGACGACCCUGAGCGCUCAGCGAGACACCCGCAACAUAUCCGCGAUGUCGCCCGCGGUAUUCAGUAUCUCCAGCGCGAACACGAAGUCAAGCGAUGGAUUGGAAUAGGGCAUUCCUGCGGAGCAACCCUGCUAUGCCAACUCGUUUCCGGUAUAGGACUUACACCCGAUCUGAUCCCUUCGCCGCAACCCGAAGCUAUGAUUUUGAUAUCAGGCAUAUACAGUCUGCCGCUCAUGAUACGGAACCACCUUCCGCCUACAACACCAGAGUACAUUUCCAAAAUCUACAAAGAGUUUGUUACCCGGGCUUUUGGCGAGGACCAGGCGGAGUGGCAGGUUGUGUCGCCGGUUGCGGGGAAAUAUAACGUGGAGCAGUGGCCGGAGGGGAAGUUGCUGAUGCUUUGUCAUAGCUAUGAGGAUGAAUUGGUGGAGAGGGCGCAGAGGGAUGUCAUGUGUGUUACGUUGGACAGGGAGGGCUGGAAUAUUGUUAUGGAGGUGGUGGAUGAUGAGGAUGAAGUUAAAGAGGAAGGGAGGAGAGUGGUUAAUGUGCGGGAUCUAAAGGGUGGACAUGAUUGGAUUUGGGAGGAUGGGAAGCAGAUUGCGGUUUUGGCUGCUGAGGCUGUGGAGCGGUUAGUGUAAGUUGGAGGUUGGAUGUAAGGUGAAAGUGUAGUUAUGUUCGCUAUUCCCUAUAGACAUGCGAAAAGUGGAGUUCCAAAGUGGAAGAGAGAGUACUCCGCGAAUGAUGCUUGCUUUUGCGU